AUGUUUUGCACAAGAAAUUUAAUUAAAAUUGUGAAUAUCUCGAAAUCACAACCAAUCAAUGCUUUAAAUCAACAUAAAUUAUGGAAGUCGAUGCAUAUUUCGUCAUCGCUUACUCAGCAAAUGAAAAAUCAUCAAGCAACUUCAGAUGAAUUCAGAGUUUAUUAUGGCAAGUUUCAUGAUUGCGUUUCAUUUCUUAUUAAUUUAUUAAUCUUUAAUUCUUUGUGUUUAGGGUCCCUUACACCAAACAUAAAAUCAGUCAAAGUAUUCUCUUUAACUACCAGCAUAGUUGGAAUCAUUGCACAACCCAUUCUCUAUAAUCAAGCUGCUCAAAUGAGCACUUCAACUCCUGUCAUUGCAGCUAUAUGCGGCUUCGUAGGGUUCUUCACAUUUGUUACUCCAUUUCUACUUCAUGUUGUAACAAGACGAUAUGUGACUGAACUUUAUUAUAAUCCAAAAACAGAUGAAUAUAAUGCAACGACAAUUUCAUUCUUUUUAACAAAAAAGAAAACAAUUUUUAAACCUGAAGACGUUGUUGUACCAGAAGUUACAGGAAUGUUCACAUCAUUCGUUGUUAAAAAUAAAUCUGGAAAGAAACCAGCAGCUUUGUUUGUUGACCCAAAAUUAUUUGAAGAUCCUCAGCACUACGUUAAGAUUAUGGGAUAUGACAAGCCAUUAGAUCUUAAGUUAGAUUUGUCAGAAAAGAAAUGA